AAAAAAAAAGAGAGAAGCAGCAGCUGCUAUCUGGAUAAGGAACACUGACAUUGUCUGCCUGCAAUUCUAACAGUCUACAAUCAACCAAUCCCAGGAGCCGCACAAUCACAGAGCUGGAAUCAGCAGAUCCACCAGGGAAACAAUUUCUGCAUUAGACGACCCUUAAAGGCACUGCUAUGUGGAUACUUGGUAGCAAUGACUGAUGUGGAAUCUACAUAUGCAGAUUUCAUAGCUUCAGGGAGAACGGGAAGAAGGAAUGCUCUGCAUGAUAUACUCACCACAGCAGGAGGGAACACAAGUGAAUUAUCCAUAAAGUUAUCUGAGCUUGACGUAAACAAAUCAGAGGGUGAUGGGGAAAAUGAACAAGCAACUCCAAGCGAGAAAACCACAGAUGAGCAAAACAAAGCACCAAAACAGGAAAGCUAAUGACUCAGUGUGAUAGCUUUUAAACAAAUCAUACCUGUGAUAUGCCUCAAAGCAAUAUGAAAUCCACUAGCAUCAAAAGCAAAGAAUACGGUAUAGAUGCCAGAAAUUACUGGAUCAUAUCAAAAAAAUGGCUGGCUCUAAAACCUUGGGAAGGAUUUUUUCCCAAUUUUAUCAUAAGCAAUGGCUGACAUGCGGACAAAGUUCACUUAAUCACAUGAGAUGUUAGUGAAACACCACGGCUUGCCACAGAAAUUCUUGUUGUGGCAUAGAAGCCCAUGAAGGGUUAAAUUCUGUGCUGUUGUAAAGGCUUCCACGAAUUUUUAGAACUCUAGUACAUAUUCAGAUUUCCCAAACGUAGAAAAGCAAAGUAAGAUCAGAAAAAAAAAAAAUCAAGAAUAUUGUAUUUGCAUUUCAAUAGCUUUGUUGUUUACAGAUGUUUUGUACGGUACAUUUUAAUAAGCUACACUGCCCCCUAAUUAAGAUGUGCACACGUCAUAUGGUUAUCACACAAAUGAAGGGCUGGAUAUUCUUAGUCAAUGGAUUAUUUGAUCACCUUGAAAUACAUCACAUUUCAUCACCAUAGAGCCGUUUUCUAGAGCGAGACACUGUCUAUUCAGUAGCAGUUUAAUUCACUGUGUCAUGUGAUUUGUCCACUGAAAUUUUCACUGUGGCUUAGAUAUUUAAAAAAAUGGUGAAGCCAAUUUUCACAAAAUUGCAAAUGAAAUUCACAAAUUUUUGUUACUUUUUUACAAAAUCAAUAUGUGUUUUUAUUUUUUUUUGGCUGAAUAGUUACACAAGGGGGUAAUGCACUACAAUAAUGGAUAAAAGUAUAAAUGCACUUAGGAAGUGUGUGGUGGUAUCCAAGCACACCUAUUCCUUCCAGAAUCAGUAUUGAUUUCUAACACUGUACUUGUUACAAAUGUAAUAGUGCACUUUUUAAUGUUUGUACGUUUUAAUAAUGAAUUGUGUGGUUGUUUAUCAAUUAUAAUAACCAAUAAAGUUAACCAAAUAAAACAAAAAA